AUGUCGACCAUCAAUGAGCCUGCCGACCCAAUCGCUCAAGGAAUCUGGCCUACAGCCAAACAAUCAUGGUCCGAUCUGUUCAAGUGGAAGCAGAGAGUAGUCGUCUAUAACGAGAGUGGAGAGACCACGACCGAAUGGCAAAGACCUCCAAAGCUUGUCAACCCUUUCAGCCUGAUGGCGCAGCUCACUGCCAUGAAUUGGGUCUUCUUCAUCGUUGGUCUUGCGGCUUGGACUGCUGAUGCUUUCGAUUUCCAUGCUCUGUCUAUUCAGACAGUCAAACUUGCAAAGUACUACAAGGUCACCAAGACCGAUAUCUCUGAAGCCAUCACUCUUACCCUACUCUUGCGAUCUGUCGGGGCUGCUAUGUUCGGCUUCGCAGGUGACAAGUGGGGUCGCAAAUGGCCUAUGGUCGCCAACAUGAUUAUCCUUGGUCUUUUGCAGAUCGCCACCAUCUACUCCACAACUUUCCAGCAGUUCUUGGCUGUUCGCAGUCUGUUUGGUCUCUUCAUGGGUGGAGUGUACGGUAACGCUGUCGCUAUGGCUCUUGAGAACUGUCCAACAGAUGCUCGCGGUCUGAUGUCUGGUAUCUUACAACAAGGAUACUCCAUGGGCUAUGUCUUUGCCGCCUGCGCAAAUCUCGGCGUUGGUGGUGCAGUCGAGACAUGGAAGACAGUCUUCUGGAUUGCAGCGGGCCUCUCCAUCGGUGUUGGUCUUAUUCGAUGCUGCUUCCCUGAGUCUAAACAGUUCCUUGAGUCCAGGAAGAACGGCAACAAACGUGCUCCUGGUGCUUUCUGGCAAGAAACUAAGCUCAUGCUUGCUCAGCAGUGGAAGAUGUGUAUCUACUGUAUCAUUUUGAUGACUUGGUUCAACUACUACAGCCAUACUUCCCAGGACAGCUACACCACUUUCAUGCUUACCCAGAAGGGUCUUAAGAAUGAUGGUGCCAGUCGUGCUUCAAUCUUGAUGAAGACUGGUGCCUGUGUCGGUGGGACAAUCAUUGGUUACCUUUCUCAGUUUGUAGGCCGCCGUCGCGCCAUCAUCGUGGCUGCCUUGGUCAGUAUGUGCCUCAUCCCAGCAUGGAUCCUUCCUAGGGGCGAAGGUCCACUCUCAGCCUCAGGUUUCAUGAUGCAAUUCUUUGUCCAAGGCGCCUGGGGCGUGAUCCCGAUCCAUCUCAAUGAGCUUGCACCUCCCGCUUUCCGAUCGUCCUUCCCUGGUAUAACGUACCAGCUGGGCAACAUGAUCUCCUCACCUUCUGCUCAGAUCGUCAACGCCAUCGCGGAGUCGAACUUUGUUAAGGGACCCAAUGGCAAAAGAGUUGAAGCUUACGGACCUGUCAUGGGUAUCGCUACUGCGAUCAUCGCCGCAGGUAUCGCAGUCACGACAGCUCUUGGACCUGAAAAGAGAGGAAGGAGUUUCGAA